AUGAGUGAUCGCCACAAAACUCCUCGAGUUUUUGCUAGUGGCUCUCAGAAGAGGAAAUUGCAAGCAGAACGUAACAAGAAAUCUGAAGAAACUUUAGCUAAAACAUCCAAACUGACCAAAUUUUUUAAGUCAUCAAAUAAAGAAGAAAUCCCUCAAGAUCCUAAAAAAAUAGUAGGAGAUUCAACAGAAGAUGGAGACGUGGUCGACAGUAUCCAAGAUCAUCCUGAGGCUGAGGUUUCAUCAGGUGGCAACACACAGAUUUCUAAAACUGAAUAUCAACUCCAAGAUGAAGCAAAAUUUUGUGGUCUCAAAAAUGACAUAGGUCUUUGGCCUGCUAAUAUAACAAAAGAAAUGAUCGAAUAUUGGGCGAAAAAAGGUUCGGCAGAACUUCAAAAUUGCGAUAAAUUGUCUAUGCAAAAUCCAGUUCUAGUUUAUCAAGAUGAGCCGCGAGAUAGUUCUAACUUUGUUCGGAAAUGUACAAAGAACAUGUUUACACGCCGCAAUAAAAAUCAAGAGACCGUCAAUCGAUUCUGGCUUUGCUUUUCUCCAUCUACUGGAAAAAUAUAUUGUUAUCCAUGUAAAUUAAUGUCCACUCAAAACAACAAACUCAGUAGAGAAGGCUUCAAUGACUGGAAGCACGCAUCCGAUCGUCUAUAUGAUCAUGAGAUUUCGAAGACUCAUUUGGAAUCAGUAAUGAGUUUAGUGCAACGGGGAAAAGUCACAGGACGCAUCGAUCAAGAGCUAGCGAUGCAAGAACUACAACAAAUCGAGUAUUGGCGAAAAAUCCUCAGAAUUAUCGUUAGUACUAUCAAAUUCAUUGCUGAACGCGGAUUAGCCUUCCGAGGUGACAAUGAAAUUGUUGGCUCACCAAGAAAUGGAAAUUUCCUGGGAAUUUUGGAAUUGCUAGCCGAGUAUGAACCUACCCUGGCCACCCACUUAAAAGAGCAUGCUAACAAAGGGAGUGGUCAUGUCAAUUACCUUUCGUCUACGAUUUGCGAAGAACUGAUCAGAUGUAUGGGUGAUAAAGUACUUACUGAAAUAGUAUCCAGGAUAAAAAAAUCCAAAUAUUAUUCUGUAUCAGUGGACUCUACUCCCGACGAAUCUCACAUCGAUCAACUAACCAUAGUUGUUCGAUACAUGGAAGGAUCGACGCCAAAAGAAAGAUUCCUCACCUUUUUACCAAACUGCGGUCAUACUGGCGAAGCCACAGCAAAUGCUCUACUCAAAUUUUUAGGUGACCAUCAAAUAGACAUCAUGGAUUGCCGCGGCAAAUCAUACGACAAUGCUGCAAAUAUGAGUGGAAAAUAUAGAGGGAUGCAGGCUCUUAUUCUGGAGAAAAAUCAUUUAUCGGCAUUUGUACCAUGUUGUGGUCAUUCUCUCAAUUUAGUAGGAAAAGCAGCGGCUAAUUCUUGUCCCUCGGCUGUUCAAUUCUUUGAUUUCAUGCAGGAUUUAUACACGUUUUUCACAGCAAGUACAGAGCGAUACCAAAUUUUGAUCGAGAAAUUAUCGAAGAAAAAAAGAGGACAGUUUUACGUGUUGAAAAAGCUUAGUGACACUCGUUGGUCUUGUCGAGCUGAAGCUACGAAAGCCAUAGUCGAGGGCUAUUCGGAAAUCGAAGAAGCUCUAACCAGCAUAUCUUCUGAUAUAGAGCAAAAAGACAUU